UAUCGUGAAAAUGUCUAACCUCACCUAACUGUAUGCGAGCAAAAAACAAUCGUACACUUCUAGUUGUCUCCAGUUAGCCUUCUCUUUUCAAUGCUAUCCUCUGCGACGGCCAAACGUUGUCAAGAUCCAUUUUAUUUUACAUUUUCAACAACAUUUUAUUCAGGGUUACCAAGGUUAAGUUGUUUAUAUUUGUGUAUAGCACGUUAGUAGCAGGUUAUUACACAAUGUUGUCAAUGGAAAUACGUAAGACGUGAUACUGUGUGCUCUGGGAGAAACGCCGGCUCUGUCAGUUCUGGAUUUAAUUGCUUUCAGCUCAAAAUGGCGGAGGCGGUUUUCGGAAUAUGGGACUACCUGGUCAUGGCUGCAACCAUGAUCGCGUCUGUCGCCAUCGGACUCUACUUUCGGUUCAGUGGGGGAAAACAGAAAACAAAUGAGGAGUAUCUCCUCGCCGACCGCAACAUGUCAAUCCUGCCAGUUUCUGUUUCGCUCAUGGCGUCCUUCAUGUCAGCUAUCACCCUCCUUGGGGUCUCAGCUGAGAACUACUACUACGGCAUGCAGUUCGUGGUCAUCAACAUAUCCUACGGGAUAGCGACACCCAUCGCCAGCAGUCUCUAUCUACCAGUAUUCUUUGGACUGCAAAAGACCAGCACCUACGAGUAUUUAGAGCUGAGAUUUGGGCCGACGAUACGAAUGCUCGCAUCUCUUACGUACACGUUACAAAUGGUGCUGUAUAAUGGAAUAGUGUUAUACGCUCCAGCGAUAGUGCUGGAGGCUGUGACUAAACUGGAUAGACUGAUAUCGAUACUAGUGGUAGGGUUAGCGUGUACGUUCUACUCUACUUUGGGCGGCAUGAAGGCUGUUCUCUUCACCGACCUGUUGCAGUCAGCGCUGAUGUUUGGGGCUGUGUUCAGCAUAGUUAUCUUCAGUUCGGUGCAGCUUGGUGGAUUCGACCAGAUCUUUGUGAAGGCAUUGGAAGGCGGCAGGCUAAACUUUAGCAACUUCAGCAUAGACCCUACAGAGAGACACACUUGGUGGUCACUUAUCAUUGGCGGCCUUAUCACUUACUUGUCGCUGUAUGCGGUAAAUCACACACAGGUCCAGCGUCUCCUGACAGUGAGCACCCUGGGCCGCUCCCAGAAGUGCCUGUGGUGGAGCUGGCCGGUGCUGUCGGUGCUGAGCGUGUUCACCUGCAUCAGCGGGCUCGGCAUCUACGCGGUGUACAGGGACUGCGAUCCGCUGGUGGACGGGAGAAUUGAUAGCAUCGACCAGCUAAUGCCGUACUACGUGGUGGACGCGAUGCGGUCCGUGCCAGGACUGGCCGGGCUCUUCGUGGCGGGAAUCUUCAGCGCCUCGCUGUCUACAAUAUCAGCCGCUUGUAACGCACUUGCUGCAGUCACACUCACGGACUACGUCAGCAGAUGGUGCACCAUUCGCGAGUCAUACAUCUCCUGGCUGACGAAGCUGGCUGCGUGUGCCUACGGGCUCAUAUUUUUGGCGCUGGCCUUCUUAGCGGAGCAUCUGGGAGGCGUGCUGCAAGCCGCACUCACCAUCUUUGGGGCCGUGGGGGGACCGCUCUUUGGGGUCUUCACUUUGGGAAUGUUCACCACUUUUGCUAAUGAGAGGGGUGUCUCAAUCGCACUGCUCAGCGGCAUGGCGAUGACGCUCUGGAUGAGUUUUGGGGCGCCUCGGCCUCCGCCCGCCAAGCUGCCUCUUAGCGUGGAAGGCUGCGGGCACAACGUCACCUUAGCGGAAACGCUCGUCUCCAACCCAUCUGAUUACUUUUAUCUCUACAGAAUCUCAUACAUGUGGACCAGUCCUUUCGGGUUCGCCUGGGUGAUCGUGGUAGGAGCCAUAUUAUCGCUGGUGUGGCGCCACAAGCAGCCAUGGGAGAGAGCGGGACGCAUGCGUCCCGACCCCGCACUCUUCACACCUCCCCUCGCUCGCCUGCUGAAGGCUAGGGGAGAUUCAGAGAAAUCGGCUCAGGUAACGAAGCGACGCUACAUUUUGCAUGACGUAGUGGAUUAGAUAAGCAAUGCAAGAUACAGUAUUAGUUAUUUCUAGUAUGCAUGACGCAUGUCAUUGUGGAAAAGCAUGAAAAUUAUGGGGAAAAAUUCGUGGAGUCUGGUGGUGAUCUUGAUUAUUAGAAUUGGUAUGGGGGUAUUUGUAAGGUAGCUUAAUGGGUAAAAUACAAUAUGGAAAUUGUAGUAUGGAUAGUUAGUAAGUAUUUAAGUACAUACCCUUUGAAGCUCAAUCAUUUCUUUUGCAUGGGGUAGAAAUCUCAUUACCAGUUUGUGAUAUAUUCCAGGUUUUCUAGCAAUUUUCUCAGAAUUACGGGGUUUACAUACCUACUUAGACAAUCACAAAUAAAAUAAAUUAGCUCAUAUUUAAAGUAUUUCCGAUCCAUACGUGCCUGUUCGAAAAUUUUCCAUAAGAAUUGUAAAUAUUUCAUUCAUAACGGGUUACCUUUUCAUGUUCAUUAACUCGCUUGCUAUUGCCUAUUGCAU